AUGACGACCUCCUGGCUGGUGGCAGUGGCGGGUGCCCUGAUCCUGGCCUCGAUGCCCGGAAGUCAGGCAUAUGAUAACGGCCGAGGCCGAUUGCCGCCCAUGGGCUGGAACACCUGGUGCACCGACGAUGCAUGUGGGGCACUGGAUAUCUGUACGGAAAAAGAAAUUAUGAGCGUCGUGGAUGGGAUCAUUGAGCAGGGCCUUGACAAGCUCGGCUACAAGUAUAUCAACAUGGACGAUUGCUGGAGUGCCCAGACUCGCAACGCAACCGGCCAUUUGCAACCCAAUGCCAAGCAAUUCCCCAACGGUCUCAAGUAUCUCGCCGACUACAUUCACAGCAAGGGCUUGUACUUUGGCCUGUACACCUGCGUUGGUACCCAGACGUGCCGCGGUGGCCGCCCUGGCUCCUACGGCAACUAUGAAAAGGAUGCCCAAACCGUCGCCGACUGGGGACUCGACUUUAUCAAAGCGGACAACUGCCAUCGCCCCAGCAAUUUGACUGAACAAGAGGCCUAUGGCAACUUUUCCGCUGCACUCAACGCUACUGGCCGCCCCAUGCUCUUCUCCACCUGCGAGUGGGGAGAUCAGGACGUUGCCAGCUGGGGCGGAAACGUUGCUCAAAUGUGGCGCAUCCAGAUGGAUCACAUUCCCUUUUGGCACUUCCCCCCGAAAGCUGCAGGCUACGGCUUUGGUCAAGGCACGGCGGACAUUAUCGAGUAUAUUGCCACCCUGAACCCGAGCAACUUGACUGGCCCGUACAACUGGAUGGAUCCCGACUUUUUGGAGACGCUGUUUCCCAUCACCAUGAACUUUGUGGACUCGCGCACCGAGUACAGCUUUUGGUCGCUGUGGAGCGCGCCCCUGCUGGUGGCCACCGAUUUGCGCAACCUCAGUGACGAGAAGCGCGCCAUUGUUGCCAACGAAGAAGUCAUUGCCAUUGACCAGGAUGAGCUCGGUCAAGCCGGGGACCGCAUCUUCAACCACUCGGACGGCAGUCAGGUUUGGCGCAAAAAUUUGCAAAACGGGGAUCUUGCCGUCAUCUUCUACAAUGCCCACAACUCGGCCAACGCGUCGCUGAUCAAUGUCACCUGGACCCAGUUGGGUCUGGAUACGACGGACGAGCGGGACGUGCGGGAUGUGUGGGCCAAGACCACGAUUGCUGAACACAUCAGCGGCUGGUAUGGGGUGCGGGACCUGGCGCCCCACGAUGUGCGCUUCUACCGCCUCAGCAAGUCUGCCGCCGCCGUGGACAACUAG